UUUAAAGUCAAUAAAAGUUUGGUGUUUUUUUGGCGAGCCCCAAAGUUCAUGUUUGUUUUAGCAAUUCGUGUAAAGUUGAGAUUUUUUUUGGCCGAAUUCUCAUUGAAUUACAUGCAGAUGAAGAUUUAAAUACUCCGACCCUAAGGUCCAAUCUUUAGGUAGGUCCAAAUCCAAAGUUCUCAUAUGCUUAAAAUUUUCACCAUAACGUCACUAAGUAGUGUGUCUACUCAAUGUAAAGUAUGUGGGAGCAUUCGAAAAAAUACACAUGUUGAGUCACAAAUAGAAUUUUAAGGAUUUUCUUUAGAUUAUACUGCAAUUAAAACGUAAAAUCCCGAAUAAAAAUCAGUGAUAAAAUUUUCAUACGAGUUUACGAUAAGAGAAUAUGGUACUAUAAAAUUUAAGAAACUAAUAUUAGACAUGAGAUUUGGGAUGACCCGGGUUGGAUAUUAGAAACAAAUUGAAUCAGUGGGAAUCAUUGACCCAAUUCAACCUCCCAUGUUCGUCUCAAAUUUCGUUAUGUCCUUAAAUUUUUACUUACUUCACAUAUUCCUCUAUUAUUUAAGGAACCAAAAACUGAAAAAGAAUAUACAGUUCAAACAUUUAAUUUCCCACCAAUAGAUGAAUGUUCCACACUUCCACUUAUAUUAACUAAACUACUGAAAAAGUAAACAUCGAUAUUUACAAUAACUAACAAUGGAAUCAAACGUCAGGUGAGGGGUUGCAAUUUGAGCAAACACAACACAUGUUGAAAGGAAUUGAUCCAGGACUCAUGGCAAUAGAUUAACUAUGUAUAACAAAAGAAAGAGACAAUGUAUGCAUAUAACAUUAAAUAAAAAGUUGGAGGAAAGGCAUAACGAUCUAAGUCCAAUAAUAACGUGCGUCGUUUUCUUAGAUUUGCUAACAAACAAAUGUCAAUACAUCGCUCACGAGAAAAGCUUUAGGGAGGAUGUAAAGAUGAUAAUUUAUACAAAAAAUAAAGUAAACUUGGGAGAAAGGAACAUCCACUUUUCCAUUUUUGGUAUAAAGCUUUUGAUAUAAUGUGUCCUUUGCUCGCCGAGGUUUUCCUUAUUUAUACACUUCCCAUCUCUCACAUAUUCACCCAUCACUCUUUCCUCUAGCUUUUAAUCAAACAUUUGCUACUUUAUAGAGAAAACUAUGGUUAAUAAACAGUGUUUUCUCACUGCUGUUCAUGUUUCAAAUACUUCAAUCUCUAUUCAAAUAGUUUUUUUUGUUAUUUUCCUAUGAAAUUUCAGAUAUUUUUCUUCCUGUUUAUUUGUUGCAAAUAAGUCACUGGAGUUACGAGUCUGAUCAUGUGUGAUUUCAUCAUGUUUCGUCCAUACCAAAAAUCCUAUACUUGAUGUAUACAUGUAGUUGAGUCAUUAGGUAAUUUAUAUGAUUUUAUAGAGUUUGGUUUUAAAACAUGAUUACAAAAUGAAUUCAAUUUUUAUAGUGUAUCGCAAAGUUAAAUCCUAUCACUCAUUUCUACGUCUUUUCCCCAUCCCCUCUAUUAUUUCUUUUGUUCGCCUUUUUCGAAAAAUAUGUAUGCGUUGAAGUUUCUUACAACGGGUUUUCUUUUUCCUAGUGACAAAAUUAGUUAGAGUCCUACAAUACAUGAUUCUAUAGGGAGUCUUAUUUAUGUAUUGUUACGAGCUUUUGCUGUUCAAACUCGUAUUUUUAACUUUGUUUUCCUUCAUGCAAAUUUACUUUGCUACUCUAUCUUUUAGUUUUAGAUCCUGUCAAAACUGUAGUUGUAUUUUUUAAUAUAGUAACUAUAAUAAUAACUAAUAAAUAUUAUUUGCAUGGCAUAAAAAUCAAUAAUGAUUUUACGACAAAAAUUUAUCGUUGAUUUCCACGUACGAAACUUAAAACAUUCAUUUAACGGAAGUAACGUAUAAUUUAGAUGUGACUAAUGAACUUGUAUCACCUCCAUAAAUCAAAUCAUGGAGAAGCUCGCUUCCCCCCCUCCUCCACACACACACUCAAAUUUCUUUAUUAAUUUUUAUGAUGUGGCUUUGAUAAUGCGUCCAAUAAUCAGUCUCUUUCACAGUCUUAACACCAAAGAGCCCCACUCCUAUCAUCACACACAUUUAUCUCCCUCUCUCUCUAUCUGUCUGCUUCUCUCUCAAGAGUCAGACAUACAUAGAUAUUCGGUUUUUCCCAGGGGGAAAAGUGAGUUCAUCUUUUCAGAUCUUACAAACACUUUGCUUUUAUAAACUGAUGUGCCACAAAUCACUGCUAGUACUCCCUUAAUUAGCUUUUGCACUUUGUGAUCUAAUCAAUUAGCCAACAAGGAAGAACUCAGAUAUGGAAAGAUCAAACAACAUAGAGUGGAGGAACAACUUCUAUGGUCGUUCAAGAAUUUCACCAUGGAGCUAUGGGGAUUAUGAUAAUUACCAACAGGAUCAUGAGUAUCUUCUAGGGUUUUCAUGGCCACCAAGAUCCUAUACUUGCAGCUUCUGCAAAAGGGAAUUCAGAUCGGCUCAAGCACUUGGUGGCCACAUGAAUGUUCACAGAAGAGACAGAGCCAGACUCAGAUUACAACAGUCUUCAUCAUCAUCUUCAACACCUUCUCCUCCUUACCCUAACCCUAAUUACUCUUACCCUUCCAUGGCUACCUCUCCUCCUCCUCCUCCUCCUCCUCCUCCUCUAACCCUAUUCCCAACCCUUUCGCCUCCUUCCUCACCUGGUUAUGGGCCAUGUUUGGCCCGUUCCUUGAGCCCCAAGUCUAAACAUCUACCAGAAAACACUUGUGAGACUAUGAAGCCAUCUCUUGUUUUGGAGGCUGCGGAAGCCAAAAGUUUGGGCAAGAAUGAUGCUCGCAGGUUCUUGAAAAAUGAAGAAAUCAUCAGCUUGGACCUCGAGAUUGGUGUGAUCAACGAGUCAGAGCAAGAUCUAGAUCUAGAGCUCCGUUUGGGUUUUGCUUAGAUGGUAAAACGUAUAACUUUAUCCAUAAAUGAUUCUAAGUCAACAUACUAGAUCACUCUAGAAGAGAUGUUGCUUUUCUAAAGUUAAUUAGUUCCGUCUACAUAAACUAUCUUGGCGUUCGAAUUAGCAGAACUUUUAUAUUACUGUAAUAUGACUAUAGUAUAACCUAUAUGUAAGCUUGCGUUAGAUCUCUUAUAUAUGCUUACUACUGUUUUAUAUAUGACAAUGGAUAAAAUUGCCUUAUAAGUGAUCAUUUCCUCUUAUUAGAUCUUCUUUAUGAUAUACACUUUCCGAUUCUUGUUAAUUGAUGUGUUAGUUUGGUGUUUUAUAAAUAAUGAUGUUUUAUGCAAGUUUACAUCAUACUUUAUUAUUUGUAACGCAUCCCUAUAUGACUUUUAAUCAGUUCAACCCAUAUAUAUAUCGAUGUUAUACUUAUAAAUUGCACACUUUCAACAAUAAAACAAUUAGAAAGUUAUAUUAGAUCAAAUAUUUAUGAGAAGAGUAUUGUUUUAGCCAAAAGUUGUUUUUUUUUUUUGGGGGGGGGGGGGGGGUGGAUGUCAUUCCUUAAUCCUUUUUUUUAACUGAAGUUUUUCUUAAUCUUUCAUAGUUAGUAAGGUAGAGUCACUUGAAGGUCAAACCCUAGACAAGAAAAUAUGGAAAAAUGCAAACAUGUCACUUCUACUUUGGAACAUUUAUUAAUUUGAAAACCGUAAGCAUGAACGUUAUGGUGUCUCCUGAUCAAAUCCUCAAGCAAAUUGGACAUCGUCCUUCGAACUAACACUUCUAAUAUACCUUUUAGAUAACAAUUACCCGGCAUGGGCUACUGUGGUUAAUUUCGUGGAACACAUAUAAAAUAUAAUUGUUCAUUUUGGAGUGCUUCUUGCAAUUAGGGUUCCAAUCUUCUUUGUUCUUAUUUGAUGGUUAUGAAAUUUCACGUGUGACAUUAACUUAUUGUGUGCUUUAGCUACUAUGGAUAUAAAUACAUGUUUUAUUAAACUGUAUAUACAUGUAAACACAAUAAUAUAUGGAGUAUAUAUAUACAUAUAUGGAGUCCUUAAAUACCUACCUUUACAAUCCGAAUAUACAUUUUACCAGGCAAACACAAUAUAAUAGUUUUACAUGUUAAUAUUUCAAUUCAGAUUGAAAAAGGUAGGUAUUUAAGAAAUUAAUAAAAUUAUAUUUGUUAAUUUCAAUUCAAAGUUGCGCUAGAACUUAAAUGAAUUUUUGGGUUUCACGUUCAUUUACAAUAUAACCAAGUUGCAAUAAACGCACAAAAUGUAGUUUUAUAAUAUAAAAAAACCCUCAUAUUAUUUUGGUUAAUUUUUUACCUUUUAUUGAUGAUAUAUCUUUCAAACUUGAAUGGUUUAAAUCGAAUCUAUGUUUGACAAAGAAAUAUAAUGUUUAAGCAAAAAAGAUAAGAAAUAGAAUGUAAACUGUGUUUGCGUGUGAUCUUGAUUCCUGACUAACUGUACGAUAAUAGUUUUUUUUGACUGAAUCAUUGCACUGAGGGUAACAAAUCAUUACUGGAUAACAAGUCCCAAAGCAUAUUUCAGUUCCAUGAGUGCAAAAACUGUAAACAUGUCAUGAUUACUCGAUCUCAUUAAUAUUUCCUUAAUACUUUUUUCUUUGGUUCGAAAGAGUCAACACGAACACGUACGAAAAAGUCAUACAAAACUAGAUGUUCAAAUCUCUUGAAUGAUAUAACAUAUAAUUACCAUGUAUAUAUAGGUUAUACGCAAGGCAUGCGUAUGUAUCUCACUAUAGUUGGAUUUGGACAAGAGGGUAUAUAUGCUGGAAGUUUGGAGUUCCCCAAAACCUGAGGGUUUGCAUGUUCCCGGCAAUGUCUGGGUGUGGAAUGGCAUGAUGGCCUUUCCUUUUUUAGUAAGUUAUGUUUUGGUCAGUUCCAAGCGUUACACAUACUUAAACAGUACAAAUCCCCCCCCCCCCAAAAAAAUUUAGUUUUCUUGAAAGGCAUUUAACACUUGCAUCUACACUUUUUUUAACCUACUCAAGCACUGCCCACUCAUAUGUAUUCGCACUGAUCCUUUUUAUUCAUUAUAUGCGAUUCCCAUUAAAAUUCUUCAGUUCAACUAAUUGGACUCGUCUUAUAUUGCUAGUUAUUUUCACGCUUUUUUAUUUUGGUUAUAUGUUAUUUAUGCAAUAUUUUUAAGAAUUUAAUACUGAACGUGCACAUAUGCAUACAUUAUAUGAAGAGAUCUUGACAUCACCACUGGCCACAUUGGCAUACAUUAUAUGAAGAGAUCUUGACAUCACCACUGGCCACAUUGUGUAUGGAUUAUAUAAAGCUUUAUAAGGGGCGUAAAAAUGAAGCUUUAUAAGGGGCAGUCAAUUCCGUAAAAAAAAAAUUCAUGAUUUACAAUAAAGUGUACACCAUACUAUAGUGUGACAUUUAUUCAUUCACGUAUAUAAAUAAGCAGAUACAAAAGAAGAGCCGAAAAGGGGUAUACAUUAGGGUUGCAAGUGAGGUUCAGGCAUCACAUUGAAUGCCUUUGAUGACGUCAUAAGAAAAUGAAAACACAGAGAAAUUUGUAAAGACAUAUACGCAAAGGAAAAGCUAAUCUUUAAUUUGUUGUUUUCCUACCAAAAAAAAAAAAUCUUUAAUUUGUUGUUAUUUUGUGAAAGUUGAGAGAGACAUGGGCACAUAUGUGUAAUAAUAUAAACAACACCAGUAAUAUUUGUAACAAAAUAUGAUAAUUUUAUAGGAAGUUACAAGUCCGGCUAAUAUGAUUAUAUAUUUGUUCAUCAAACACUCUUGCUUAUGUGAAUAGUCACAUAUAUGUCAACUGUUUUCCGGUGUAACGAUGACUUAUAUUUUAGUCAUAUUUUUCUGCUAGAUAUAUCAGUAACCUUACCAACAGGAUAUUGGAAGAUAAACAAUCUCUCUAAGAAAUUAAAAGUUGACAAGGAAGAUCUACAAGUGGUGUCACACAAUAAUUGGUUCUUUGACUUCUUUCUUCCAUUUUUAGGCGAUGAAUUGCAUAGGCAACUAUAAUAAUUUUCUAUUUCAUAUAAAACUUUUCUAUUGCAUUAGCAUUUUCCGGCUAAAUAUUUAAUAAAAUUAUUAUAUGAUCCGGUAACUAUAAUAAUUUUCCGGAUUUAUUUGGAUAUUUUGCACAGCUUCUUUUUAAAAUUUAUGACACAAUUAUCCAGAAAACAUUUCAGAUUCUAAAACUUAAGCUUUUCUUUCAAAAACACCACACCAUUUUAGGCUUUGUAAAUGUUAUUGAAUUAAUUGAUUAACGGCAUUUUCUUAAACCCUUAGAAAUUCCUCAGACUUGAUCUUCGUAAAAGAUUUGGAAGUUUAAAAGUUUAUUGGGUAAUUUUCUGUAGAAUGACCUAACGUAUCAUAUUCUCUAGUUUUCUCUGGCCAACAUUUAAAUUUAGUUUGGGUUUUCAAUUGAGCCUUAAAAUCUGAGAAGUAUUUGUUUUGGUUUGUUCUAAGCUUAACACAUAACAACAUUACAAAAUCUUUCCACCAAAUUAUGUCCGUUUCAACCUUCAAAGGGAUCAUCUCCAUAGGAGAAGGAACAGAAGUCAAGGUAUGGUCUGAUUCUGGAUCUCCACCUCCUCUCUUGUAAUUCCUUUUGGACCCCUCAAGGAAGAUGAAAGUGAUCUAUAUGUAUCGGAUUUAAUCAAUCGAGAAACUUGCAAUUGGAACAAGGAGAUGAUUAACAAAACGUUGCAAGACUUUUCUGAUGAUAUUCUUGCGCUAAAGCCAAGUAAGACAGGGGCAAGAGAUUCUUACAUCUGGUAUCCAGUAACUGAUAUUUACUCGGCGGAAUCAGGAUAUGCCUCUCCUAUUGCGACCCAGGAGCCUGAUCUAGACAGCGGAUUACUACCGAGACUCCUUCAAUUGGUAUAUAUCAGUAUGGUUGAUCUCCACCGCUCCAAAACUGCAACUAUUUCUAUGGAAAGCAAUUCAAGGCGCACUGCCCACGGGAGAUAACCUUCGGAAGAGAGGGAUGCCGCAGAACACCACUUGCGGACAUUGUGUUCUGACUGAAACAACUGAGAAAAUCCUUUUCCACUGUUCCUUCGCCAAACAGGUUUGGAGUUUGAUCCCCCUGACUUCUGAAUUCAAUCCAGACAUGUUUUCCUCCUUCACUUCAGCUGUUGUAGACACAUCUUCCUGGAUCUGCCUACCGCCAUGUGGUAUUCCAGGAGACCUCUUCCCGUGGGUGUGUUGGAACUUAUGGUUUACCAGAAACGAACAAUUUUGUAAAGCGCGUCCUGCAUUGGUACAAACCACUGCUACAAAGACCCUGGCUGUUGCGAUAGGACGUGAUAUAUGGACGAAUGCUCAAGAUCCCCACGUAGCUACACCGAAGAAUACUCUGAUCCCAGUAUGACCUCAGUUGAUUCCAGUCGGUACAGUGACAUGCAACACUGACGCAAAUGGGAAGAAGAAAACUUCAGCUGCGGGUCUCACCUGGAUCUUCGACUCCUCGCCUCCGUUGAUCACAUCAGAUGGCUGUCAAUACCAAAAUCGGGUCUCAGCCGUCCUCAUGGCUGAAGGGUUAGCGGUCAGGGAAGCACUCUUCCACGCUCUAACACAUCGGCAUCACAAAAUUCUGGCUUCCUUUAGACUCUAUAUCGCUCACCAGAGCUAUAAAUUCAGUUUCAAAGCCGAUGAGCCUCUACGGAGUUCUAUCGGACAUUGAAUCUUUAUCCUCGGUUUUUGCUUUUUGAUGUAUCUCUUUCAUUCCUAGAGAAGAGAAUGAGGUUGCAGACAAUCUCUCUCAGGCAUGUCUUUUUCAUGUUGUAACAACUUGAGCCCGAGGCCAUUUAUCUUUUUAUCAAAAUUUAAGUUGAUUAAAAAAAGGGGAUCAUCUCCAUACUACAAAAUCUAAAUACAAAAAGAAACGAUAAGACUAAGCAAUCUAUUAAGACUUAAAAUUUGCAGAUUCUAGUCCCCAUAUCCAACCAAAGUCCAUAUGAGUUUCUUGUUCUUGCUCGAUUUCUCCACCGCACCUGGUGCUAAGGUCUUCAUAUAUUCCAUGGAUCAUAUUGUCUUAUCUUCAGCUAGAGAUUUAGAGCCAUUGUACCUACAAAUCAAUUAUAUAUCAUUCAUGCCGCAAAACAAAAAAAAUCUAAGAUUUUGAUGAUAAACCAAGAUAUCAAAGAUGGUGCAACUUCUACAAAAGCGAUACUCAUUAUGAAGCUUUUUGCUACUACAAAAAAAAGUAAGAGAUUUUCUCAGAUUUGGAGAAAUCAGUGUUUUACUCCAGUGAAACUUGCUAAUGGAGACAAAACUGAGACAAAACUGUGUAUACUGAGACAGGCAGCGUCACUGUGGAAACAAACAUGGCUGAGAGAACCAUAAGUGAUGUAUUUCUAGUUCGAAAUAUCACAGAAAAUCUACUAGUGUUGGGCAUCUAGUAAAGACUGGAUAGAAAGCUUUAUUUCCCAACAAAAAGGAUCAAGAAUACAACAAGAUCACUGAAGCUUUUGUCAGUAAAACUUGUUAUUCACUAAGCUUUGAGAAAGAAAAUGUUUAACAAGAGAAGGAACUUCUUUCAGAAUUCAUAUACAAAACAGCCAUACAGCAGCCUAAACCUUGUCUAGAAAGUAUACUAAAAUCUCAACAUUCAUCAAAAGAAAGUUCAACCACUACGGCG